UACCAAGAGAAUUAUGGUUCUCAUGGUUAAAAGUUGACGUUGCAAAAUAAUCCUUUGAAGUUAAUCCGAUCUACUCCAUGUGAAUGACAACAAUUACAGUUCCUGUCAACUAACUACUGAGAACUGUGCAAUGCGUUUGACUCGGACUUUUCUCCAGAGUUUAAGUAUAGAUUCUAGCAUGGCUUAUGAACUGUAUGAUUUGGACGACAGCCCCAAGGCCCUCAAUGCACAGGUUAUUCGUGGUAUUAGAUUUGCAUUACUGUGCUUUCUCGCCAUUGUACUUAUUGGUGCGGUCAGCAUUUUAGGCAUAGGGAUCUGGACAUUAGAAGCAGAGUAUGGCAACAAACAAGUGUCUGAACUAAUCAAUGCUCAGCUGUAUAAGGUGGACUCGUACCUGAUGAUUAUUGGUGGAAGUGCUAUCAUAGCCAUUACCGUUGUAGGCAUACUGGGAGUGUUAAAGGAGUACAGGUGUCUACUAGGACUGCAUUUAGGCCUUCUAGCUUUCAUGUCGGUGAUGCUAUUUGUUGCUGGAGUUCUUGGUUAUGUUCUUGUCAGUGAACUGGAGGAUAAAGUGAAAGUGAAAAUGGUGAACGCUGUUUUACACAACUACGGUGUUGAUGUUGUCACCAGCACCAGCAAUGAGGUCAUCACAUCAGCCUGGGACAGAGUGCAGCGAAGUUUUGAAUGUUGUGGGGUGUAUGGAGAUGAUUCAUCAAAACCAUGGAAGAUUUACCAGAAGAGUGAUUGGUUUGAUAAAGGAUUUAGUAAUGGGAGUUAUGUCCCUGAGAGCUGCUGUAAAGACACUGUAAACAUCCAACAAUGCACUGGGUUAGUUGGCUAUACCUCUGUAACUCCCCCCACUGAUUCUCUGCACCAUAACAACUACACUCUGUUUACAAAGGGUUGCUUUGAUGCCUUAGACUCAUACCUGCGUCGCACAGGAAUCGUCAUUGGAACAACAGCCAUUGUUGUUGGCCUAUUUAUGUUAGUUGAGCUGGUUCUUUCCAUCUGCCUGUACAGAACUCUUCCAGAAAAAGUUUAGUAAAGAAGUCUUCAUAUUGUAUGGUGCAGCCAAUGAUGUUGAAUUUUCAAAACAGAAACGGCUGUGGCCAGUAGCAGCUUCUAGGCUUUUGUGCUCCAUUGGAAUGAUUUUAUGAUGUGAGGCUCAAUGUUGUAGGAUCACUUUCUGACAGCAAGUUGAUCAGCAGUUCAGGUUUUAAAUAGUUUUAUCUUCACUUUGUACUGGUAGUCUCUUGUGUAGUGCAGUAGAUAAUUUAAAUCUCGCACUUGUAGAAAAAUAAUUUUCUUCCUAGCUGCCAAUUCUAUUUAUAAUUAAUAAUUAUUUAAUAAUGUACAAGUUAAGCUAGGUAAACAUGUUACUAUAGUCAUUAAUUAUUAAUUGUAGGAUUUAUUCUUCAACCUUUUACUCCGCUGAAAACUUAAUGAAAAAUGUUACUGUAGGGUUUAUUCGUCAAUUAUAUUUAUAUUAAAUUACCUGAAAACUAAGUAGGUUGCAAUGAAUGGAACAGUCAUGAGCUAUACUGUUGUAUUGUACAUUUUGCCCUUGUUCAAGUCAAAUAGUCAUUGCCUUUACAGACCAUUGAUAUCAGUUGUUGUGAGGUUUGUAUAUAUCAAAGUAACUUGCAUUUUAUUACAAUAAUUAGUUUUAAUAAAUGACAUAGGUUUUUAUGUAAAAUAGUUUUAAAAUGACAUAAUUUAUGUAAAUUAACUCUUUAAAAUGACCAAGGUCAAUUGUAAAAAAAAAGUCUUAAAA